GGGUCUCGCUUUUGGCGGCAGCUACAGCCGCCGCGGCCGGAGCCGGCCUGAGACUUGACGCAGUCCCCGCCCCCACCUUACCCCAUUAUCCAAUCAGCGGCCCCACCACUCUCCUCCUAACCCGACGCUGCCGGCUUCCGUGCCGGGGCUACUGUCUCUUUAAGGAAACGACGCCGUUCCUCAUUGGUUGGCUAAGGCCGCCGUGGCUGCUUUUCAAGCAGGGGAGCGAGGGAGCGCGCGCGUGCUUGGGAGCGAGCGCGAGCCGGGGGCUGCUGCCGGGAGCGGAGCGCGGGGCUUUACCUGGGCGGCUGCACCUUAAGGGAGGAGCCGCUCAGGGGACGCGGAAAUGCACCAGCGCCCGGCAGCAGCAGCCUGGGCAGACCCCGCCUCCUUGCAGUAGCCCAGUUUCCAACUCUUCAUCCUUGGUCUAGGCAGCACCUUGCAGCCACUGCCCCUGCCCGCCCCGCUCCCCGUUUAGCACCAGCAGCCCACUGCUCCUCCCACGAGCGGCAGCCUCCGCAGGUCCUUUCCUUAUCCUCUUUACUCCCUGCUCCACCUCUUGCACCUUGGUCACGGUCUCCUCCCCACUCCUGCUAAACCGCACUACCGGCAACCGGGUCCCUCCCCUCCAGGGUUAUGGCACAGGACGCCUGCCCCAGCUCUGCACUCGCUGUAGAGGACUGUGCAGACAUGAAUCCCAGGAAGGUGGCUCUCAUCACGGGCAUCACUGGCCAAGAUGGCUCGUACUUGGCUGAGUUCCUGCUGGAAAAGGGCUAUGAGGUGCAUGGAAUUGUUCGCCGAUCUAGUUCUUUCAACACUGGCCGGAUUGAGCAUCUCUACAAGAAUCCGCAGGCUCACGUUGAAGGAAACAUGAAGCUGCACUAUGGUGAUCUCACAGACAGUACUUGCCUGGUGAAGAUAAUUAAUGAAGUGAAACCCACUGAAAUCUACAACUUGGGAGCGCAGAGCCAUGUCAAAAUUUCUUUUGACCUAGCAGAAUAUACUGCUGAUGUUGAUGGAGUUGGCACUUUACGGCUUCUAGAUGCUGUUAAGACCUGUGGCCUUAUCAACUCUGUGAAGUUCUACCAAGCCUCAACCAGUGAACUUUAUGGGAAAGUGCAAGAAAUACCACAGAAGGAGACUACCCCUUUUUAUCCCAGAUCUCCGUAUGGAGCAGCCAAACUGUAUGCCUACUGGAUUGUGGUGAACUUCAGGGAGGCCUACAAUCUCUUCGCUGUGAAUGGCAUCCUCUUCAAUCAUGAGAGUCCCAGGAGAGGGGCUAACUUUGUAACUCGAAAAAUUAGCCGAUCAGUAGCUAAAAUUCACCUCGGACAGAUGGAAUAUUUCAGUUUGGGCAAUCUGGAUGCUAAAAGAGACUGGGGCCAUGCCAAAGACUACAUUGAGGCUAUGUGGCUGAUGUUGCAAACGGAUGAGCCAGAGGACUUUGUCAUAGCUACUGGGGAGGUCCACAGUGUUCGUGAAUUUGUGGAGAAGUCAUUUAAACACAUUGGGAAAACCAUUGUGUGGGAGGGAAAGAAUGAAAAUGAGGUAGGCCGAUGCAAGGAGACUGGCAAGAUUCAUGUGACCGUCGAUCACAAAUACUACAGGCCAACUGAAGUGAUUGGAUGUCGGCAAGAUAAAGGAACCUGGACUCUUAAGUGCAACCUCUGCACUACAGUGCAACUCUGUGGGGAUGUUCAAAAUUAAACAUUUGGUUUAAGCAUUAAACAUUAAAGUUUUCCUUUUAAUUCCGAGGCCUGUGUUAAAGCAGAAUGGGAAAUGGUUUACAGUAUCUCCCAGUGUGGCGGAUUGCCACACUGAUAUUGUCAGAAAUUACAUAAUUUUCAUUUCUUUUUGUAAGAUUAUCACCAACAAUAGAAGGCUUAAAAAUUCUAAAUGUAAUUACAAAAAUAUAUUUUAAAGUAGGCUUAUAGUGUGUUCCUGGUAAUAGGUGCGCCUUACCUUUAAAACAUAGAUUUAUGGGGGGGGGCUCGGCCUUUAAGAGUAGGGAGCUUGUUUUAAUGAGUGACUUACUCAGUGGAAGCUCCCACUGCCACCACCCAUUCAUACUAGACAUGAUAGAUAUCAAAAGACCUAUCACCAAAGGAUGUUAUUGGCUCUUCAUUCACCUGCACUGCUCAGCCAGAGUUGCUAGCUGCUUUGUGGCAGACAGUCUACAAUGUGCAUCAGGCUGCUGGCACUCUGUAAAUGAGAACCUAGUCCUCUGGUCUCCCGGCUAGCUCCUUUACUACUCUCUGCACUCUGAGUGUCUCUUGCCGUACAUUGGAACAAGAAGAGGAGACAGCCUCCAUACCUGAUCCGCCACCAACAAUAUUUGGCCCCAUUCUCAUGACUUUAAUACUUUGGUAUGUUGGGGGAAGGUAGUCAACCUGAGUGGAUCCUCGUAUGUAGAGGUGGUGUGACGAGACUCCUAGAGGGAAGAGGGAGUCCUAGUGGGGAGGGAAAGAAACCAUAUAGCAGAUGAGAAUAAGGGAAAUUCCAAGGUGAGAGGGAGGCUGGAAAACACCCCAGUGAAUGAAAAAGGGAGGUGACUCUGAAGGGAGAAGAAAGUCAGUGCACCCUAGUGGGAGGAAGAGAAUAGAGAAGCAAGAGAUUGUGAAUAGAGCAAACACCAGGGGUGGGAAAGAGGGAGAGAUUUAGAUGGGGAAGGGGCAGAAGGAAAAGAGCCAGGUAUGCAAAGAAGGAAAGAAAAAAUCUGAAUGAAGAUAAGGAGAGAUCAGGCCUUAAGAGAAGAAAGGAGUAGUAAGUAAGGUUUUACUAUUUUGUGGGGUUUAGUGAAAGGUUUGGUACUGGAGUGGAAUGUAAUCAAAUGUUAAAAAAAAAAAAAAAAAAAAAAGCCACACAGCAUGUUUGCUUUUAUACAGUAAAUUAGGGGGCAUGAUUCUAAAGAACAAAAUGGAGGUUGGGAGACCUGGCUCAACAUGUGGGAUGGCUAUAGGAGACCAUAUGAGAGAUGGAAGAUACCUUGUUCUGGUUUAAUUUGAUGUUUACCGUAUGGAUUCUAGCUUAUAUUGACCUAUAUGGCCAAAAUCCUCUGCUGUGAGUGGGAGUGUACCCCACAAAUGGCAGGGAGGAGUGCAAAGGUGAAUUUAAACCAUCUUUACAUUCCCUUGACUCUGAGAUAGCUAUGUGUCUGAAGGCUGCUGUAACUUAUUUACAGCUUCCAAGGGCCUCAAGGGCCAUGAUGGCAGGUGGAAUGCAGGAGAGUUCUGGGAACACUUCUCAAUGUGCCAGAUCCCCUCUGCUGGCCAUUCUGCUGUUUAUCACACCAGUUUAGCAGCAUACUAAUUUCCAUGCCAACUAGUUGUGAUGUCACAGAGGGUUAUGACUUGGCAUGUAAAAUAAGCAACAGGAGAUGAACUUUUAAGAACCUAGGAAUUGCCACACCAGAUCAGACAAGUGCUCCGGCUAGUUCAGUGCAAGAAAUCCAAUAGUGAGCAAUACCUCUUUUCAGGGUUGGGCCCAUUUAUCAAUGGUGGAAGCUGUCUCUCUAAUCAGUCAUGCAAAAUGCUAAAAGCUGAACCCCAGACUGCGUUUUAUUUUUAUUAUUUAUUUAUACUUGUGGAAAGAUGUUGAUGUAGUGAGCCAGGAGCACCCCAAAUUUGUUCAAUCCUUAUUAUAAAAAAAACAGCUACAGAAUUCAACACCAGUAGUCCUUUAGAACACUGAAACUUACGUUAGGGAAACUGCAGUAUUUGGGGUGAUUACGGUAGACUGUUGUAGUCGUAGUAUCUUAAUAAGGGAGUUGAGGAUUGUUUUGACAGCUUAACAGGAGCCUGAGGGCAACUGCACCUAAUUUGCAUUAAGUGGAACACAUUGCAGCCCUCUUCCUUCUUAGUACAAAGGUGUGCCCCAUAGAAACUACAGGUGCCAACAUGCAGUGAUCUAGUUUAAUCCAAACAGAGAGGUCGGGACCUGUGUAAUCUUCGCAGUCCGCACCUCCCUGUUAAAGAUGUGGCUGACUGCAAGCCUACUGCUGUUGUACUCCACGAAACAAGGACUUACAAAAAAUGUGCAACCAAUAGAGUUAACUUUCAUCUCACACCAGUUCAAAAGGAGAAGCCUCUCAUUGUCACUCUCCUUUCAUAGUUGUCUGCUCUAGGCCAGUUCCGUCACUGAUAUUUAGCAUAGCAAAUAAAAGGGGGAAAUGACUGUCACAGCAGGGUAUUGACCUCUAGGGGUUAUUUUAUGUGCUACGAUGUUGAAAUUGUUACCCAUCAUCAUUAAACAGACAUUAAAUAGUCAUUAAAAACUCAUAGCAACCUUUUUCAUGUACCAAAUGAGCAAGUAAUUUAACGCUGUUAUUUAGUUGUGUGUGUGUGUGUGUACACAAAUGCAUGCAUUCAGCUGUUUGUCCUUAUGAGCAGAUAGUUGUGUAUAUGUAUGUACAGCUGUAUUUUCAAGGUUUGAUUUAUGAUGUAUUCAAGAGAUCAAAUUUAAAAGAAUGACUCUUGAGAAAAUUGUCUUUGUUUCAUAUACACUUGUUUUUCACUCUGCUGAUCAUACAUAGAUGAUGUUUCAACUCUGUAUAGAGCUACUUGUAAACAGCAGAAUUUGUAGUUCUAAACUAUUGGAACUUCAGCUCAAGAACAUGAAUCUCCUCUUGGUAUAAAUUACUGUGUGUAAAUAUUCCCUGAAAUCUUUUAGUAUUGUAAUACUAAGGCUUUUGAAUUGUUGAUACCGUGAGAAAGAUAUACAUCUAACACUUACAAGUACUUUAAAUCACUUCAGCAUAAUUCAUGAGCUAAUGAACAUUGAAUACAGGCUAUUCAUUUUCAUUAUAUUCGCAGCUUAUGUUCAGCCAACCUGAAAAGUGAAAUAGAAAUAUGUUAAAACAUGCUUGUAUCAUUUUACUGCCUUGAUUACAUUUAUUUGUAUGAUUGUACCCUCAUAACAGAGGAUGUAAUUUGCCUUCACUCUUCUUCUUAAUGUAGAACAUGCAGUUGGCGGGUUAGAAUUUUUCUUUCCAGUGGAAGUACAAAAGCUACAGUAAACUUUUCUAAAUACAACAAUAAUGGAAUAAGUGUAAGCAUUGCUUUUUACAGAGAACUUUAUGAAAAUCAAACUUUUCCACAAAUUUUUAAGAUGACUUUUUGGGGGGAAGAGGAUACAGAAGGGUGGCUUUUAGAGCUUAUGAAACAAUGGAACUAAUAAGACUGGCUACUAUAUAUCAAGGUAUCUUGAAGUCUUAUCCCUUGCAUGCUUCUCUGUAAAAUUCAGUCAGUGUCUUUUAAUCGAACCAUACUUCUUCACUCUGGUUCUUUAAUUUAACAUAGGAUGUCAGACAUGCCCGAUUGUGGGGUGGUUUGGUAAUUGUGACAAACAUCCACUGAUAAGGCAAAAUUCACUAAAUUCAUAUUCACCCUUUUCACUGGACAAAGAUUUCAACUCACUGACCAGCCCCUGCUGCCUUUCAUAUUGUUUUAUCUUGGAAGUUAGAAAUGUUAGUAAACUAAAUUAAGUCCUUACAUUCUUAACAGAUCAGUUUUAAAAAACUUGCCUUAGCAAAUAUACAAGCAGUUAUUUUUAUUAGGGUCCUUACAGUGUGUGAUGAAAUGAAACAUGUAUUCCAUAUCAUAAUGACUUGUGUCACACCUUGCUGGGUCAGAUUACCAUGCCAUUCAAAGUAUUUGGGGUUUAACACAAUAAAAUUGACAAAAUUUAAAA